CACUUUGGAACCCUGGAAGCCUAUUAAGCAAUAUAAAUACAGGUUAAAGCUAGACCAGAACAUCAAAAAGAAAUUUCUCUUUUUCUCAAGAAACAAAAGGAAAAACAAAAUGGGUUCUGCAACUCCCCUUAGGCUGCCAGUCAUAGAUUUCUCCAAGGAAGAGCUAAAGCCAGGAACUGAGGAAUGGGAGUCGGUGAAAUCCCAAGUUCGCAAAGCACUGGAAGAGUAUGGUUGCUUCGAGGCAACGUUCAACAAGGUUCCUGCUGAGCUCAGACAGGGCAUUGUUGGUGCGAUGGAAGAGCUCUUUGAGCUGCCAUUGGAGACCAAGUUAAGAAAUGUUUCUAAGAAACCUUUUCAUGGGUACGUUGGACAGUACCCUCAGGCUCCUCUGUAUGAGAGUAUGGGCAUCGACGAAGCCAACGUUUCUGAAAACGUGGAGAAUCUUACAAGUGUCUUGUGGCCUCAAGGAAACCCAACUUUUAGCAAAACUGUGCAGUCAUAUGCAGAGCAAGUAUCGGAAUUAGAUCAAAUAGUUAGGAGAAUGAUCGUUGAAAGCCUGGGACUUGAGAAAUACAUGGAUGAACAUAUGAACUCUACCACUUACCUUCUCAGGGUCAUGAAAUAUAAAGGUCCUCAAACCACUGAGACAAAGCUUGGAUUACAUCCUCACACUGACAAAAACAUUGUCACUAUUUUGUACCAAAAUCAGAUUGAUGGGUUAGAGGUAAAAACCAAAGAUGGUGAAUGGAUCGAUGUGAAAUUGUCAUCAAAUUCUUUCGUUGUCAUGAUCGGAGAUUCUCUCCUUGCUUGGACAAAUGGUCUAUUAUACUCUGCCUAUCACCGUGUUAUGAUGACUGGAAACGAAGCAAGGUACUCAGCUGGAUUGUUUUCAAUUCCAAAAGCAGGAUAUACAAUAAAGGCUCCAAAAGAGCUAAUUGAUGAAGAACACCCAUUGCUUUUUAAGCCCUUUGAUCAUGUUGAGUUCCUUAAAUUCUACUAUACAGAGGCUGGUCAGAGAGCUGAAUCUGCUCUGAAAACUUAUUGUGGGGUUUAAAUGUGUCUAUAUAUGUUCAGGAAUUCACUGUGUUGGCCUUUUUCUCAAGUGUAAUAACAAGAGUUCACACUCUUAGUUAGGUUGUGGAUUAUUACUUAUGUUAUCAUGUAGAAGUUUGAUGUUGUGUCU